UUCCUCCAGUAAAAUAUUUCAUAUACAUGCAAAUUUACACGACACAAAAAAUAUCUCUCCCUUCUUAAGCUUCCUUUUCCCUCUAAAAAUACUGACUUGAACACGUGUCAACGGGUGGACAACGGCGGAGAAUGGUGGACUCGCCCUCGGAAGAAGAGGCCGCCGAUUUUAGGGAGGCGCCGGAUGAGCUGCGCUGUAGAAGGUCUGACGGUAAGACGUGGCGGUGCCAUAGCUGGAGGAUCCAUGGAAAACCCUACUGCGAAAAGCAUUACCUCCAAAUCGUCGGAAAAAAUUUGAAAAGGAAAUCUUCUGCUCCGUCGAGAAAUUCUAGGUCCGAGAAAAGGCGUUCGGAGAAAUCUAAGGCUAGUGGUAGUGGUAAGGCUGGUGGUUUUGUUGCAAAUAAGUCGAAGAAGUUAGGGCUUUCUAGCGGUGGUAGCAAAGAUAAGAGGAGCAAAGGUGGGGGCGGCGAGUCUAAUUCGACAGAAGAGGUGUUGCCAAAGAAAAAGCCGAGGAGUAAGAGGAUGAGAGUGGAGGCGGAGGAGGAGGAAGAUAGCGAAGAGACAGAGGAGGAUGAGAGGAUGAAUGUUGUGAAAAUUACUGGUAGAAGGAGUGAUGAGAAGGGGGGAAAAUUCGAGAGCCACAGGGGAAAUGCUGUUAAGAGAUCUAAGGUGGGUGAUAAAAUUGAUUCUCUGAUGAAAAAGAAGCAAGUUGGUUGGUUGGAGGAGAGUGAUGAGGAAAGAGGUGAUAAGGUGGGUGAUAAAAUUGAUUCUCUGAUUAAAAAGAAGCAAGUUGGUUGGUUGGAGGAGAGUGAUGAGGAAAGAGGUGAUGUUGCAAAAGGUGCUAAAGGGAGUGCUAGGGAUAAUGUGGUUCAAAGUUCUAAAAGGGGUGGUAAAAGUGAGUUGAGGAGGAAGCAUGCCAAGGAGAUUGAAAGAAAUGAAGAGAGUAGCGAUGAUGAAGAGUACUGGUUCAAAGAAAUAAGUAGUGCUACAGAAAGUGGUGGAGUUAAGUUGGAAAAUGAGAAGAAAGCUGUGAGAAGUUAUCGGAGUGAUGAUGAAGAGGUAGGAAGGCGUAAUGUGAUUAAAAUUGGUAGAAGGAGUGGAGAAUUUCAGGAUGGUGUAAAGGACAGUGAUUCGAGUGAUAUGAGUGAUGAGGAGGAGGGGCAGAAAUAUAAGGUGGAAAAAAUUGAUAAGGGGCAUAGGGAGCUCGAGUUGGGUAAGAAGAAGGAAGUUCAGAGCAGCGAAGAAGAUACUGAGGAGGAAGAGGAGGAGAGGAGUAGAGAGCUAAUUACUGCUGAAAGUAGUGGCGGGGAUAAAUGGGGGAAAAAAAAGAGGAAAGUAGAGAGGAAUGACCAGAUUGUUGAUGGAGAAGGGAAGGGUAGCAGGCGUAAAGGUGGUCAAAGGUGUGGUCAACUUGAGCUGCGAACAAAGAUGAAAAAUGAUCGGAGGGCAAUGAGUCAUGAGGACAAGGAGGAAGAUGGUGAGAAUUCGAAGAAGAAAAAUGGAGAUAGUGUGGUGAAAAUGUUGAAAAAGGGUUCCAGGACCAAGACACUGAAAGUGGCGAUGAAAGAUAUGAAAUCUGAAGAGGAUAAUUUUGAUGAUGGUGGUUUUGAAGAUAUCAUGAAAGAUGGUAAGGAUGAACGUGGUAAGAAGAAAUCUCAGCUGUGGGUGAACGCUAAGGAGGUUGGGAGAGUAAAAGCAGAGGGAGAUGGUGAUGAUGGUAUUGAUGUCGAUGGCUCUAAGGAGAAUUGGUUACAGGGUAAGAGUAACAAGGUUGAGAAAGGGGAAGUAGCUGGAUGUGACAAUGAAGGUGAUAAUGUUGAUGGUUCUGAGGAGAUGGAUGAUGCUUGUUUAAUAAAAUUUGCAAAAAAGGAUUUCAUGCCUGCAACUUUAUUGAAGAGAGGACAGAAGAAGUCACGGGAGAAGAAAGGGGGGUUGAGUAACAUGUUUAAAGAUGAGAAAGAGGAAAGAUCCAGCGAUAAGGAUAAAAUUGGCGAUGAAAAUGUUAAAUCUGUGUUUAAGGCAAUAAAGAAAGUCAAGAAAACUUUGAAAACGGAUUCAACUGAAGAGAGGAGGAGGAGGAAGGGUCCAAAAAUGGAAAAGGUGGGAGGAAUUGAGGAAGAAGACGAUGAUCGUACAGAAUCAGAUGAUGGAGCACACUUAAUUAGAGAAAGGAGUUCUCGGGAGAAGAAGAACUGCCAUAAGCCCAAGGUUGAUCUUAGAAGAAAGCACUUCAGUACUGAUGAUCCUGAAGAUGAUUGCCAAAUGUGCCACCAAUGCAUGUACAGCAAUAAGAGGGUUGUGAGGUGUCGCAAGGAACGGCAAUUGAAUGGCUAUAAUAGGCGCUAUUGUUGUCUCUGUAUCAAAAGAUGGUACCCUCAGCUUUCAGAGGAAGCAAUAGCAGAAGCAUGCCCAUAUUGCCGAGGAAACUGCAACUGCAAAGCUUGUCUACGAAGAGAUGAGAUACAGAAUCAAACUGUAUAUUCUGGGACUCCACAAAAUGAAGCUGAAGUGAUACAUCACUUUAAGUAUCUUGUUCGCAUGGUUGCCCCUAUUCUCAAACAAUUUGAUCAUGACCAAAUGGUGGAAAAGGAGACAGAAGCUAAAAUUCGAGGAAUAUUAUCGUCAGAGAUAGGAGUAGAGAGGAUUAGAUGUUUCGCGGAUGAGCGUCUUUAUUGUGAUUGUUGCGGUACCUCUAUAGUUGAUUUCCACAGAAGCUGUCCAAAGUGUUCUUAUGAUCUCUGUCUGACUUGCUGUCGAGAAAUACGUGAAGGCUGCUUACAAGGAGGUAGUAAGGAAGUUGUUAUUGAGUACGCUGACCCGGGGAAAGGAUACUUGCAUGGAGAACUGCAGGUGCCUCCAAAACAAGAAAGCUUUUCAGGUUCAUGUAGUGAAUCAGUUCCUGGGAUGGAAAGUACCCUUCCUGACUGGAAAGCAAAAGAAACUGGUGAAAUUCCUUGCCCUCCUAAAGAAAGGGGUGGUUGUGGGUAUGAGCAACUGCAGCUCAGGUGCAUAUAUGCUGAACAAGAUGUGUUGGAUUUCAGAAAGAAAGUCGAGAAUUUAAUUGAGAGCCAUAGACUUGGCAACUGUAGUGAAACUUCCAAGCAGUGUACCUGUUUCGAAUACAGUGAUGAUUCUGAUAUUGGAGAUAAACAACUGAAGAAAGCUGCUUCAAGAAAGAAUUCUGGUGACAAUUACUUGUAUUGUCCCUCUGCAACUGACCUCCAGCAAGGGGACUUGGAGCACUUCCAGAAACAUUGGAUUAGGGGAGAACCAGUCAUCGUUGGCAAUGUUCUUGAACUAACAUCUGGGUUAAGCUGGGAGCCAAUGGUCAUGUGGCGUGCAGUACGUGAGAUCCUAGUUAAAAAGGGAUCGUCGGAUUUGUUGGUGACAGCAAUUGAUUGCCUUGAUUGGUGCGAGGUUGAUAUAAAUAUACACCAGUUUUUUAAGGGAUACACUGAUGGUCGGGCAGAUGGAAAACACUGGCCUGAAAUGUUAAAACUCAAGGAUUGGCCGUCAUCAAGUUACUUUGGGGAGAGACUGCCUCGCCAUUGUGUAGAAUUUAUUAGUGCCUUGCCUUUUAAAGAAUAUACACAUCCAAAUUCAGGAAUUCUUAAUUUGGCGGCAAAAGUGCCAACUACAGUGCUGAAGCCAGACAUGGGGCCUAAGACUUAUAUAGCAUAUGGGUUUGCAGAAGAUCUUGGACGGGGAGAUUCAGUGACAAAGCUUCACUGUGACAUGUCAGAUGCGGUGAAUAUCUUGAUGCAUACUGCUGAAGUGGCUGUUGAACCAGAGCAGCUUGCUAAAAUAAAAGAGCUCAAGCAAAAGCAUGAUGCCCAAGACCAAAAAGAACUCUUUGGGACAUCUGAUCCAAGUGAUAAAGAGGCUGUGGAGAAGGUGCCUGCGACGAUGGAACCAUCUGGAAGUGCAUUAACUGCUGAAGUGAAUAUCUUGAUGCAUACUGCUGAAGUGGCUGUUGAACCAGAGCAGCUUGCUAAAAUAAAAGAGCUCAAGCAAAAGCAUGAUGCCCAAGACCAAAAAGAACUCUUUGGGACAUCUGAUCCAAGUGAUAAAGAGGCUGUGGAGAAGGUGCCUGCGACGAUGGAACCAUCUGGAAGUGCAUUAACUGCUGAAGUUAGUCAUGCUUCUCCUAAAAUUUCUGAUUCUUUGAACCUUCAAAGUGGGAGUAUUGAUCAUUUGCCAACUAAUGCUGGAAAAGGGAGUGGAGGUGGUGCCUCCAUUGCAGCUGAAACAUUGCAAGAUGGUAUUUUGACCAAACCAGUCACAGAGUUUGGAUUGCCCUCUGAGAAUUCUCACAUUGGUGGGUUGCUGGGAACUCAAAUGAGUGUGCCAGGUAGAAGAAAUGAUGAAGCUAGUCAGUCUAGUGAUGGGCAGAAUAGCAAAUUGAGAAGUUCAUUGACUGAAAAUGCCUCUGAAUUACAUAUUAGAAGUACAGACUUGAACAAGGAAAAUAGUAGUGUAGGUACCAAAAACAAGCUGAAUGGUUUUUUUGAAGUCGAGGGUGGGGCAAUCUGGGAUAUAUUCAGGCGGCAGGAUGUUCCCAAGCUAGAGGAAUAUCUUAGAAAGCACCAUAGGGAAUUCAGGCAUAUUUACUGCCGUCCCGUGGAAAAGAUUGUUCACCCAAUUCAUGACCAAGCUUUCUACUUGACUGAGUAUCAUAAGAAGAAGCUGAAGGAAGAGUUUGGAGUUGAACCCUGGACAUUUGUUCAAAAACUCGGUGAUGCAGUUUUUGUGCCGGCAGGGUGUCCUCAUCAAGUUAGGAAUCUUAAGUCUUGCAUUAAGGUUGCUCUCGACUUUGUUUCUCCUGAAAAUAUUUCUGAGUGUAUUCGCUUGUCUGAGGAAUUUCGGACUCUUCCACAAAAACAUCAGGCCAAGGAGGACAAGUUAGAGGUUAAAAAGAUGGCUCUCCACGCACUUGACAAUGCUAUAAGCCUUUUUGAGCAGACAAAGAGCAGAUAUUUAGAGGUUAUCAAACCAGAAGUUACAUAACACUAAAUCUAUAUUUGGCUGCAACAUCCAUGCGACAUCCAAGCUUAUCAAUCAUUGAAAGAUGUAUAUGAUUCCGGACUUUUGUUCUUCGGAUAAUCUGCUACGGCCUCAAAAUCCAGAGUCGUUCAGGUGACCUGGUCCGACGACUUGUGUCAAGCCACUGCUCAGCCUGUGACUUAUCAUGUAUCUAGAGAUAGAGAAACUUGCCGUGCACCUAAGAGCUGUAAAGGUUUCCAUGACUAGACAUGUACCUAACAGUUUUGCGUAUAUAGAGUAAAGCCCGACUCUUCUGGACUCAACUUCGUCCUGAAAGUUGUUUGUUUUACUGGGUUUAUCCAGGUGUCCGUGAAAGGGUAUAUGCACCCAUGGUACGCGGGGUAUACUUAUGAAUGGAAAAAAGGGAAAAAUGAAAGGAGAGGGGGGAAGCCGAGCUGGCUGUCUUCGCAUUUUUUGCA